AUGAAUCGAUUUGCAGUGCUUGCCAUGGUGGUAGCCUUUCAGGUCAUCCACCAGGCAAAUGCGAAAGCUGUGUUUGCACAUUUCAUGGUCACAAACUCUGGGAAUUACACUGCUUCCGACUGGCAGUCCGACAUCGGACUGGCCAUGGAUGCCCACAUCGAUGCAUUUGCCCUCAACAUGGCAUGGGAAGACGACACCAAUAACCCUUCCGUGGAGAUGGCUUUCACUGCUGCCAAUGUGAUGGGAUUCAAACUAUUCUUCUCAUUUGACUAUGCUGGUAAUGGACCUUGGGACCAAGAUGUUGUAACCAGCAUGAUCCAGCAAUAUAGCUCUAACUCUGCAUACUUCCAGUAUAAUGGGAGGCCUUUUGUGUCCACAUUUGAAGGACCUGGCAAUGCAGAUGACUGGGUAACAAUUAAGGCAGAGACAAAUUGCUUCUUCAUGCCGGACUGGUCUUCUGUCGGUGCUAUGCCAGCCGUGGGAUUGGCAAAUGGCGUUGCUGAUGGAUUGUUCAGCUGGUCAGCGUGGCCAUGGGGAAAUCAGACUAUGGAUACCUACACUGAUGCCUCAUAUAUACAAUAUUUGGAUGGGAAACCAUAUAUGAUGGCCAUUUCUCCCUGGUUCUAUACCAAUCUACCAGGAUAUAACAAGAACUGGCUUUGGAAGGGUGAUAGUCUCUGGUUUGAUCGCUGGCAAGAGCUUUUCGGUCUCGACCCAAUGCCAGAAUUCGUUGAAAUCAUUUCGUGGAAUGAUUAUGGUGAAUCCCAUUAUAUUGGCCCGAUUCAUGACAAUGCUAUGGCUGCCUUCGAUAUCGGUGAAGCUCCAUACAACUAUGUGCUAGGUUAUCCACAUGACGCCUGGCGCGACCAGCUUCCUUUUUUGAUCGAUCUGUACAAAACUGGAAGUGCAUCAAUGGGAAGUGACAAAGUUACCUUCUGGUAUCGCCCUAAUCCAGUAUCUUCUUGUAGUUCUGCGAAUACAACAGUCAACACCGCCUCUCAAUUGCAAAUUGAAUUCGAACCAGCUGAUGCAUUGGAAGACCGGAUCUUUGUCAUGGCAUUAUUCGGUGACGGCAACGCUGCGGUGUAUGUCAAUGAUCAAGCCGUGGAGUGGGACUUUAAGCCGCAGACAGACGUUAUAGGGGAUGGUGAUAUUGGAGCUGGUAUCUGGUUUGGCAGCGUCGCUGCAUUCCCUGACAAUGUUAUGGUCACUUUGUUUGUCGGCGAGGAAUCGACUAGCAGUGUUCAUAAUUUAGAAAUAACCUCUACGUGCGAUGAAGGCUUCAACAACUACAAUGCGUGGGUAGGAAGCCUUGGAGGGCCGCCUGGCCUCUCCUCUACGACAAUCAACAUAGCAGACCAGGUAUGUGUGAAAGGGAAGGGUGCCUACGAUUUCAAUGACCUUUGCAACUUUACUUGCUCCUACGGGUAUUGCCCUGUCGGCGCAUGUACCUGCGAGCAGAUGGGCGUUGCCCACACCAAGCCCAACGCGACGGGAAUACUGGGCUACCCAGCAGAAGAGAGAGAUGCCAACUACGCGGGUCUAUGCAGCUUUGCCUGUAACUAUGGCUAUUGUCCGUCCAAGACGUGUGACACGACAGAACAUCCCAUGCCGGUGCCAACAGUCUCGGACUUCCUGCCGCCGGCCUGUGUUGCUGGUACUGGACCCGGUCCAGUCUCCGGAUUAUGUUCGUACGCUUGUAGCUAUGGGUAUUGUCCCAUCAAUCUAUGUUCCUGUACACAAACAGGGGCUCUCGUGCAGCCGCCCGACCGGACAGAGGGUCCUGGUAUGGCAGGCCCCGGCUAUCCCGACACCUUUGACAACCUCUGUGACUUUGCCUGCAGCCGAGGCUACUGUCCACCUGGAACCUGCAUAUCGGAGGCGGAGCAGGAUAUUACGGAGGCGGAGCAGGAGAUGACGGAGGCGAUUGCCACGACAGGUUAUAAUAUUUCCGACUUCGCUGACUUUAAUCUUACCAUCCUGGGGACGGCGCUGAUUGGCAAUGACGGGUGCACCGCCCUCCAGAAACAGCAGAUCAGAUCGGGCUGGGUGCAGUCCUGGAAGAUCAUGAAUUACAUCUAUAAGGUGGCCAAAGCUGGCAUCGACUUCAACGAGGCCGCUGCUGUCGAGUACCUGGGGCCACCAUCGAUGAAUCAGGACCAGUGGAGCAAGUACAAGGCUAUAUAUCUGAACCUUGCCACCAUUCAGCCCGGCUGGAUCGACCUGUUCGCCUGGAAGAUUGCGGUCCGGUGCGAUGACCCGCACUUACGAUGCUCAUGCGGGAGAGACGUCAACACCAUUGCCUACACGGCGCAGAAUGACAUCAAAUACGGGGUCGCAUCCAUAAGCUUUUGCCCGCAGUACUUCUCGUUGCAAACGCUAAAUGACGCGAUGUACUGGGCAGACACCACGAAUAUUGAUCCUAGUCUAUACGCCGACCUGACUAACUACUACAACAAUCAGGCCCUGGUGUGGAUUCAUGAACUGCUACACAUCGACUGGGUGUCGACGGCCUCGAGCAGUGGAGAUAUUCACCAUGUCACUGACGUCAAGGUGGGAUACGAGCGAGGGGAGAAAAAAGGAAUGACGUACUACAAAGCCUACGGGCCGUGGGCGUGCAAAGCACUGGCGCGCUUGGGAUGGGCCACAGGCGCAUGGACCAUUAUAAACGCCGACAGUCUGACCUUGUAUGCCUUCGCCAAGUACGUCCAGAACGCUCUUGGCAACAUCUACCCGCACCUCCCCUUGGCGCCACCGCCCCCAAAGAACGCGGAAAUUCCUUUCGAGAUCGACGACCUUUUCACACUCUAUAACAACGGCACCGGUGAGCCGGCCUCGAACACCACCCUCGACAACGAGUUGGAGUGGAGUCUAAGUCAGGGGGUCUGCGCCGCUGCCGACGAUGAGGAUGGCGAUGAGGCCGCCAGUGCCGUGAUGACGACUAUGACCACCUGGCCUGUUGAGACAGACUACCCUUCGGACUAUCUGUCCAGUUGGUCAUCGUGGGCCGGGCUGACGCCCACAACCACAGCGGCAACGGCCACCGCAACCACACUUGGGCUCUGA